UAAAACUCCCAAAAUGAGAGCAUUCAUUUUUAUUUUAUGUCUAUCAGUCGCCUUGGCUUCGCCGAGGAUCGAUAAAGAAGCUGCAGCUGCUUGUUCUUCUGAUGUUUGCAAAGCAAAUUGCAGAUGUAGCUCCAGCAUAAGUCCUUUGGACCUAGACAAAACACCACAACUCAUUUCCUUAACUUUUGACGAAGCUAUUGUUGAAAACUUAUACGAUUUAUACUGGGAAAAAAUUCUAACACGCGACAAUCCUGACGAUCAACAAAUUGGAGCCACUUUUUUCAUUCCACAUGAAUACACUGAAUACGAUCUUGUAAGCGAUCUUUACAACUUUGGUUAUGAAAUUGGAGUACACUCAAUUACUAAGACGUCUGACCAAGAAUACUGGAGAGAAUCAGACUUAGAUACCCUUAAACAAGAAUUCGGUGGUGAAAGAUACAUUAUUUCCAAAUUUGCCAACAUUCCAGAAGAAGAUCUUAUCGGUGUAAGAACCCCACAACUUCAGUUGAACGGAAACGUUUCCAUUCAAGCCUACACUGACUCUAAUCUUCAAUAUGACAGCUCAUGGCCAACUCUACCAAACAAACCGCUAUUUCCUUAUACCCUGGAUUUCCUCACUACACAAGACUGCGGCGUUGCUGAAUUUUGUCCCAACGAAGCUUUCAAAGGAUUCUGGAUCUUGCCAAUUGUUGAUUUGAAUAAUAAUGGUAAUGGAUGCAACAAUUUGGCUGACUGUGGACAAAACGGUACUGUUAAUGAGAUCAAAGCAUGGCUUAAUAAUCAAUUAAUAAAAGUAAAGGAAACCAAAGUUCCCCUGACCCUUAGAAUUGGUUCCUAUUGGUUCGAACAAGCGCCAAAUGCUUUAGAAGCCUUUACAUCCUGGUUAGACGACUUAAAAACCCAAGAAGACGUAUUUUUGGUAACGCAAAAGCAAGUUUUGGAAUGGAUCAAAAAUCCCGUUGAACUAUCUCAAUUUAAGACUGAUGUACCCGAUAGAGAUCGCACAUGUAAAUCUAUAAAAUGUGGUCCUUAUACAAAUGAAUAUGGAAAGACGAUAUAUAUGAAGUCUUGCAUUGAAUGUCCUCCUGCUUAUCCUUGGUUGGGAAAUCCUGACGGAAAUAAAAUAAAUUAAAAAAAUAUAAUAAAUAUAUUGUAUGUUGUACCAUUAAAUUCUUGAAAAUAUAAUAAAAAAC